AAUAAGUUUUAUCUUUUAACUAUGAAAGUAAUUUUGGUAGGAAAUGUUGAUGUUGGAAAAUCAUCUUUUUUUGUACGCUUUAAAGAAAAUAGAUUUGUAGAACAACUAAAUUCAACAAUAGGGUUAGAUCAAGCUACUAAAGAUAUUCGAUUAGGUGAUGGCAAAACAGUUAAGGUUAAUCUUUGGGACACUGCUGGAUUAGAAGUUCAAGGAUCUAUGACAAGUAGCUAUUACCGAUUGAGCAAAGGGAUUAUUUUGAUGUAUGACGUAAAAGAUCGAGAUUCUCUAAGUUCAUUAAGGAUGUGGAUAAAUGAUAUAAAUCCUUACAUUAACGAACAUACAACUUUUUUUUUACUUGGCAACAAAAUUGAUAGUUUUAAUACUGAAAUUGAUGUUAACACAAAAGACGCUGUCAAUUUUGCAAGAAACAUUAAUAUUCCAACAGAUCAUGUUUUUGAAAUAUCUGUUAAAACAGGUGAUGGCUUUGAAAAUUUUAUAACUUCUGUGGCAACAAUACUUAGUUGUGAAAAAAGUCCAUUUGUACCUGAUAUCAAUAAUGUUAACCUAGGUGAUAAUCAAAGACAUCCAAAUAACUGUUGUAAUUUAUAUUGAAAAAAUUUUUACUAUGUAACUUUUUGAAAUUUUUUUAUACAUUUUUGUUAUUA